GAAUUCUCGAUGCCGAUUUCAAUUGGAAUUCAAUUCGAGCCGCUGCGCGAAAGCAAAUUAAAUAUGGUAGCCGGGAUCUGCGGAUUCUGUCCAGCUCCCAUGGCCAUCCAAAUCUGGUAUCGCCAUGCGAAAGCCAUGCGGUUUUGCCUGGCCGCCGAGGAACUGGAAUUAGAAUGGAAAAUAAUUGCAGCUGGCGCCGUUUCAAUUAGUGUACGCCGCCGGGCAGCUCCGAAAUUGAGUGGCCACAGCGGAGCUGAAACCGCCUUAUCCCCUGUUUGCCAGCUGGCUGUUACCAGCCCAUUCCCAGCGACGUUUCCCGUGCAAUUUGCCAACUGCACUCGAGGAAUGCAUUCUGCUGACCGAACGACCCCGCCGAGUGAUGUCUCGCCCUCUUUGGGCCAAAAAGGAUCAGGAUUGGGAUUGGGAAUGGGAAUGCGGAUGCGGAUGCGGGUGAGCAUGUGGAUGGACUAGACUGGACUGAGCUGGGACCACAAAAUGGAAGCCUAAAAUUUGACUUGGAUCCGGUUCAUGUUGCAUGCACUUUCAUCGACUUGGAGAAAUAUGCCUGGUCAUAAAUCAAGCAGUGUCCUCGCCAUAUUGCCAUUUCCAUUGCCAUUUCCAUUUCCAGUUCAUUUCGUCGCCAUUAGUUCCCAUCGAAUCGCAAAUAACUCACAUGAAAUCGGCUCGGAAAUGAUAAUUGAUUUGGCCAUUAUGAUGUGCCACCGUGCCAGAAUGCCACAUCAUCGCAUGGCCCAGAGUCCGGGGAGCUCAUCAGUUGUCCAUUUUCGGGGAAAUAAAGCCAAUCAGCGAUGGAUGGAGCUGCCACGUGACUAGGAAUGCCAGAAAAAUGAGUAAGUGCACUGAGAAAUGGGUUUUAUAUAUGGAUUUAUGAUUGAUCAGUCAAAUAUAUUAUUGUUGCGCUACUGAAGAA